UGUCUACACACCUAACAAUACAUCAAAAUGGGUGAAUACCGCGCGGGCAAAGCAGGAAUCAACGCCGAGGCUCAGGCCAGAAUCGACAGCAAAUAUGACGACGCUAUAGCCAACGAGACCCUCGAAUGGAUAAAGCUAUUGACCGGUUCCCCUGCCAAUACAGCGGGCGAUCCAAACAACUUAUACGAGGUACUAAAAGAUGGCACCCUACUCUGCCAACUAGUGAAUGCUAUACAAGAAGGUUCAGUGAAGAAGAUCAACCAGUCCACCAUGGCUUUCAAGUGUAUGGAGAACAUAAACGCUUUCCUAGAAGCGGCUAAGAAGUUGGGCGUGCCCCCGCAGGAGACCUUCCAAACGAUCGAUCUAUGGGAGAAACAAAAUCUGUAUUCUGUUGUUACAUGCUUGCAAUCGCUAGGCAGGAAAGCUGGUAACUACGGCAAGCCGUCGAUCGGACCGAAGGAAGCCAACAAGAACGUGCGAGAGUUCACCGAGGAACAGCUAAGAGCAGGACAAAACGUCAUCUCUCUCCAAUACGGAACGAAUAAAGGACAGCAGAGCGGCAUCUCUUUCGGUAACACUCGCCAUAUGUAAUAGUAUUAUUUGUUGUAACUUAAUUAAUAAAUGUUUACAUUUUAA